AUGGCGAGCCCCCAUACUUUCGACCUCGCGGACAUCGCCCCGCGCUCUUCUCUGACCAACGCCGCCCAAGCCUCCUCUGCCUCUGACACUGCCGACGCUAUGGUUGAGGUCUCGUCUGCAGCCCUGCAGUUCUCCAUCGGCGCUUCCACCCCCAACGACAAGGACAAUGUUGACCCCGAGGGCACAUGCUUCCACCUAGAUGACGGCCAGGGUCUCAUCACCCGCGCCGUUUCGAAGACCUGGCUCAAGACCACGGACACUCGGCUGUGUCAACACUCUACCCUCACUCCUUUGUACGAGCGCGGAAUCCGCCCCAACACUCUGAUCGCCCCGAUCACCGGCGCCCUUGGAUUGGGGGUCGCCGUUCUCCGCGUAAUCGAGGAGGUCCAGCGCGGGGGCAGCAUCGGGUCGAUCCGCGUGUCUUGCCUUCCCCUAAGUGGCGCCUGCCGCUUGCCUCUCAUCCAGACGCUGGACAUGGAUGCGCUCCUCGACUCCGAGUGGAUCCCCGAGAUUGUCAACACCCUCCCAAACAUCAAGACGCUUCGCAUCAAGGGUCGCACCAGCGACACCCUGUCGCUCUCUAUGCCCCUCGACCGCCUAGUGCUCGACGGCACCCCACUUCUGUGCCCGGGGGUAGAGGAGGUCGGGCCUCGCGUGUCAAAGAUGGUCGUCAACAUUAAAGGCAAGGAGAGGAUCCCCGUUCACUUUAACGGGUCGCGGCAUCCACCUCCCGCCGCUGUCGACGAGCUUGUUCUCCUCCUCCAUCCCAAGCCCCGCAACAUGCAGCAGGCGAAUGGCUGGGAGAAUGACCUCGCCGUCUGGAUGGUGAAUGCGUGGACCGCGCACGCCGGACCUAACGUCCCGAUGCCCCCGCACUUGCACCCGUUCGCUUCUCCGACCGACUUCCGCGAGCCCGCCGCAUCCUGGCCCCGCACUGUCCCCCUGGCCAUCUCAACUCUCAAGGCUGGCGGAAAGGUCACGAUCGUCAACGCGGCGUAUCACCAUUAUGAAGAUUACUUCCUCUACGGGCCCGCGCCCGUCCAGGCCUCAGCACCCCGCCGCGUCUCUUCCGCCAACAACUUGAACGGCCUCACCGUUGAUCACUCGGCCCUCCUCGCCGGCAUGAGCCACCUAGCCGUUGGGCCUGGUGUCCAGAACGGUCACGCCAACGGUAUCCACGUCUCGCACAGCCGCAUUCCCCACGUCUCUCUCGAGGACGUCAUCAAUAGCCAGCCGAUCCGAAGGUCGAGCACGACGGUAAUGGGAGAGAUUCGCAGCAUCUCCAUUGAUGAUUACGCUCGCGAAGUCGGAAUUGAGGAGCUGAAGUUUGAGACCUAUCUCGACCACGUCUAG